GAGAUGGGUAUGUUUAGUCAUUUUAUUUAAUACAAAUCAAAGAGGCAUUCGCAAGGACAGCUACGAGUCUUUUCCCGAUUUCCAACAGCUGCCGUUGUGAGUACCAGAUUGACUCGGCUGCCAGAUCGACUCGGGGUCCUAGAUGCGCAAUAAUGACGCACUUCCUGUAAACGCUGUCUUUCAAAUGCGCAUGCGCGUUUCAUUCAUUCCCAUGUUAUUCCCAAGUAUUAACGAUCUCUUUUUGCUUUCUAAUCUAUGAAUAAUAAUCUAAUGUACAAAUUAUUGAUGCCUAUACUUGGGUAAUAUGUAAAAGAAGAAUCGGUUAACUCCAUUCACUGAACGAGGCGAUCCACUUUAUUUCCAGAGCUCCCAACACAGAGUCAAAACAGCGACCCACACGCAGACACUUCCGUUCUCCUCCUUCAGAAUAAGAGUCCCUAACAGGAACUGGGUUACAUAUGCAUUCAUCAGUGCUUUUAGACGUGUUUCCAAUGGCUUUGUUUGUGUGAAAGAACGGGCUGCGUUCAAUGAAAUCAAAACCAAAUCGGAUUGAGCCUUCUUUUUAUAUCCAUGAUUGAGCCCCUUUUAUAAACAACCCUUCCUGGUUUGUCCGCUGGCUUGUGUCGAUACGUCAAGUGUUGAUACGUCAUCUGUAAGAGCAGGACCCCGGGUCGAUCUGGCAGCCGAGUCAAUCUGACACCCACACCGCAGCCACGACAACAAGCGACGCAUUCGGCUGAUGGUCACCAGUUAACACGGUCACCAGUUGAACUGAAACACCUGGUUGCCCAACAGGCUGCUGGGUCGACUUUCCCUCUGUUUGAUUGGCAUGUUGCCUGUGCUGGUCGUCCACGGUGGGGCAGGACAGAUCCCCAAAGAGCGGGUAGAGAUGGCUUCUGCAGGGGUGCGAGCCGCGGCCCGGGCUGGCUACGCUGUGCUGCAGGGGGGGCGGAGCAGCAUGGACGCAGUGGUGGAGGCCGUCACCAAUUUAGAAAACAACCCCAGCUUUAACGCAGGCUAUGGCUCAGUGCUGAAUGUUAAAGGAGAGGUAGAGAUGGACGCCAUUGUGAUGGAUGGACGUACGCUGGCCAGCGGUGCCGUUUCUGCUGUUCGAAACAUAGCCAACCCUAUUCAGCUGGCCCGGCUGGUCAUGGAGCAGACCAGCCACCUAUGCCUGACAGCGGGGGGUGCCGGACAGUUUGCCCGGGCCAUGGGGAUGCCGGAGGUCCCGGGAGACUCCCUGAUCACUGAGUACGCCCGCAUGCGCUGGAAGAAGAACCUGGCCCCCAACGCCAACCCUGUUGAGAGUCAGAUGGGAAAGAUGGGUACGGUGGGAGCAGUAGCAGUGGAUGAAGACGGGAACAUCGCCUGUGCCACGUCCACGGGCGGCAUGCUCAACAAGAUGGAGGGCCGAGUGGGAGACACGGCCUGCAUAGGAUGUGGGGGCUAUGCUGAUAACAGAGCAGGAGCAGUAUCUCCUACAGGCCAUGGAGAAGCCAUCAUGAAAGUGACGCUGGCUAGACUCAUCCUGUUCCACAUGGCGCAAGGCAUGUCCCCAGAGGAGGCCAGCGACCUGGGCCUGGCCACCAUGAAGGAACGAGUGGAGGGGCUGGGCGGCGUGGUGACGGUAGACCCCCAGGGCCGAUGGGCCGCCCGCUUCACCACCACCCAGAUGGCGUGGGCCGCGGCACAGGGGGGCACCCUGCACUUCGGCGUGUUCUCCGGAGAGGACGUUACCCAGGACAUCGGCGACCCCAACUGAUGGAUGAGCAGCGGCGCCGCGUUAUGUUUCAGAGGCCGAGGUGUUUAUCCGGAUGCUUUUAUUUUUGUAUUAUUUGCGAAUCACCGAUCAAGUCGUUAUUAUUUGAAAUGAACAGGGGAGAAGCAAGACACACUGGAAUGUGGGGGCCUGGGGUAUUUGAGAUGAGGGCCUUCUGGACUUCCAUUUCAAUACUAGAGACCUUAUUACUUUUUAAACUACUUGAUUUAAAUGGCUGCAGGACAUUUCAUGUUUUAUUUCAUUAGUUAGUUAGAGUGAAAAAUGCAAUAUUGUAUUGAAUAUAUUCGUAUGCAACUAUGUAAAACAAUACAUUCAUGUUAAGUUUAAACUGAAAGUCUUUCUAAAUGAUUAUUGUUCUUAUUUCAAUAUGUCGUGAAAAAAAUUGAUUGAUAAUAAUAAAUCCUCUUUAAAUUUUAC